GUUGGGGCUGGAGCAGCGGGCGGGGCGGGGCCGGCAAGUUUGUCCCUCGAGUUCGGAGCCCAGGAACCCCCGCGGCUGCCGCGCAGGUGCCUUCCGCCUGGUCGCGAUGGAGCUGCCCGCGGUGAACCUGAAGGUGAUUCUCCUGGGUCACUGGCUGCUGACAACCUGGGGCUGCAUCGUGUUCUCAGGCUCCUACGCCUGGGCCAACUUCACCAUCCUGGCCUUGGGCGUGUGGGCCGUGGCACAGCGGGACUCCGUGGACGCCAUAGGCAUGUUUCUAGGCGGCUUGCUGGCCACCAUCUUCUUGGACAUCGUGUACAUCAGUAUCUUCUACCCACGGGCCGGCCUCACGGACACAGGUCGCUUCGGGGCUGGCAUGGCCAUCCUCAGCCUGCUGCUCAAGCCCUUCUCCUGCUGCUUCGUCUACCAGAUGUACCGAGAGCGUGGGGGUGAGAUCCUGAUCCGCACUGGCUUCCUCGGACCUUCUCAGGAUCGCAGCGCCUACCAGACAAUUGACUCUGCAGAGGCACCCGUGGACCCCUUUGCAAGCCCAGAGGACAAGGGUCAAACUGCCCGUGGGUACUGAAGCCAGCCCUGCUGUGCCUGGCCCCAGCCUGGGCACCACCGCCUUCCUUGUGCCUGGGAGGUUGUUCCAGGGAUGCCCUGGCCUCCCUUUCUUGGACCUAGGAUGGAACGUGUCCUCUCAUUCCCCAUCUCAGGGGUUGCCUCAGUCAAGUGCCCCAAGAGGCCAGGGCUCAGCACUGUGCACACUCCUGUCCCAAAUUCCCUGAGGCCUCCCGUCGCUUCAAGGCACCCACUGGUCCCCAGACUGGAACUGUGGUCUCUUUCUUCACCUCCCACCCCAUAGCCACACCACGGAGGCCCCAGUCUGAGGCAGGCUUAGGCGUCUGAGGGCCGGUGAUACCCCUACAGCUCCCCCCAGUUUGUUGCACCCUCCUGCAGGAGCUCUGAGAGCUUUGGGCUGUGCUCAGCCCCAGGGGCAGUUGGGCAUGGGAGUGAGGUCCCCCUGCUUCUCACUGCCUGGUCACUUGGUGCCUGGGGACCCUGGGGCUAGAGGCGGGAGGUCUCUGCAGCACCCAUGACCCACCACAGCCUCCAGCUGCCCUUCUUGGGGCCAUGGCAUUGAAGAUGGCAUUAA